UCCAUUCAUUGGUCACAUUGAGUCAUUUCCGCAUUGGCCAAAGACCGUAUCCCCGCCCACUGACGCAUCCAUCCCUCCUCCAAUCAGUGACGGCGUUAGGUCCAUGUGUGUAUUGUUUAAACUGCUCAAAUGCGACUGGCUUUUCCGGAGCAACCAAAACUUCUACCAAGUCGAGUGAUGGCGUCCGCCGUGUCUGUGAGCGCUAACGCCAAAGAAAAACCCACAGACACAGCGCACGGCUUCGUCUCUCGUCCGCUUCAUGAAAAUUACGACCUCGCUACAACCCCUGACCAUGAAAAGUGGAGGCCCGGAGAGCGCUGGCAUCCGGAGCUCGAAGCCGGCGAGGGGGUCGCGACAGGGGGACGCGAGGGUCAGCGGAGGGCUGACGAAGACUUGACGCCUCUUAGCCCACAAGAUAUUCAGACUCGCUUGGAAAGAACUCGGCGGGAGUUCUACAACCGCAGAAAGAUCAUCAUUAAAAAUCUACCACCUGACGUCAGCAAUCAGGAGAUCCAUGAACUGCUGGGGAACUAUGACCUGAAAUACUGCUUUGUAGACAAAUACAAGGGAACAGCUUUUGUGACGUUGCUGAAUGGCGAGCAGGCGCAGAGUGCUAUCAAAGAGUUCCACCAGUACGUGCUCCGUGAUCGGGACAUCUCUGUGCAGCUGCAGCCCACUGACGCCCUGCUGUGCAUCGCCAACCUGCCGCGCUCCUUCACCCAGCAGCAGUUUGAGGAGCUAGUGCGCCCGUUCGGCAACCUGGAGCGAUGCUUCCUUGUAUACCGGGCAUCCAGCGGCCAUUCUAAGGGUUAUGGCUUUGUUGAGUACAUGAAGAAGGACUCUGCGGCCCGGGCCAAGUCGGAGCUGCUCGGGAAGCAGCUGGGCUCGCGCAUGCUUUACGUGCACUGGACCGAAGUGGGCUCGCUCACGUACCAGCUGCUGCACUCAAAGUGUAUCUGUGUGGACCGCCUGCAUCAAAGUGUUCUGACUGCCCAAGACCUUCGCAACGCACUAGCUGAUGCCCCCCCUCCUGUCUUCUGUCAGUUGGCACAAGGACAAGACGGAAGUUUUCGGCGCUUUGCAGUAUUGGAGUUUGCCACGGCUGAGAUGGCUGAAGAGGCCCAGCAUUUGUCAGACGGUCUGUUGUUGGGUGGCACACACAUUAGAGCGUCCUUCUGUGCCCCUGGUCCGCCUGGCCGGAGCAUGCUCGCCGCUCUGAUUGCAGCCCAGACCAUGUCUGUGAACAGGGGCAAGGGUCUCCUCCCAGACCCCACCGCCAUGCAGAUCCUAUCAGGCCUCAACAACCCAGCUGCUCUCAAGAUGCUGCUCAACCCACUGUCACACGGCCACAAGCAAGGUCUCCUCGGAGCAGCACCCGCCAUGCCGCUCCUCGCUAACCCUGCCCUCCCAGCUGUGCUGCUCCAGUUACUGCUUCAGAAUCAGGCGAAAGCCCAGCAGCCAGGGCUCCUGGCGGAAAAUCCUCUGGGCCCUCUGCCCGUCCAGCAGGGAAUCCAUAUGCUUGGAGAGCUGCCCCAAAACGGUGUAGUCUCAGGUCUUGACCCAUUGCCUCCGUUGAAACCGGCGUCUCUGAGCCGAGCGAUGACGAGGGAUCAGGAGUCUCCCAGCUUCCCGCUGACUCCCUCUCCCACUUUGCCGGGUCUGUCUGUGCCCCUUUUGGGUGGCAUGAUGGGACCAGACGGCCUCUCGGCACAGGCGGUCUCUAUCCUAGGAGACCCAACCAAAGAUGUGACUCCUCCCCAGAGCUCCUUUCUCUCUGUCAACAAUACGUUUACUUCAGAUGCCACCUGCAGACCUCACCCAUAUAGGAAGAGACCUACAUUAAGUAACGUGUCCAACCAGCAUCCCAGCAUGCACCCCAACUACAACCUACGCUAUCAGGACUCCUACAGUGCUGAGUAUCCUCCUCUCCACCAGGAUCAGCUACAGCACUUGUAUGAAGAACAGGAAAAUUACCACAUGGGGGACUUGACUGGUUUUGGACAGCAGCUCUCUCGUCCAUCAGACUUGAGCCAGCACCACUUCACUUUUCCCCCCAGUCCACCCCCGUCCUCAUAUUUCAGCUUGGACGCCUCCGCUAAUGGCUGCCUGCCUCCAAGCCAGCUCAACAGGGCUGUGGGGAUGCCUCCUGUGAGCCACACCUCUAGCUAUCCUCCAGAUCUUGUCAACAUGAAGACCCCUAUCGGGAGCCACAAGCGCGUUUUCUCCCGCCUCAUCCCGUCUCCGGAACCCAGCCCCGAGGGUGGCUACGUCGGCCAACAUUCUCAGGGCCUGGGGGGCCAUUACGCUGACUCCUACCUGAAGCGCAAGCGGAUCUUCUAAAAGGGAAAAAGAAAACCACGCAAAAUGGAAUCUUUAACAGGGACUGGCGGUCCUUCGAUAUGUCUCCUACAGAAUUUCUUGAUGGUUGCCCCCACUCAGUUUAUUUUAUUCUGUUUGUGUAUAUAAUUUUAGUGUGUUUGACAUUUUUUGUUUGUUUUUAAAUAGCUCUAUGAAAUUCUUGUUGGUGGUAGUUUAUAAUGUUUACCAGCAGGGACGUUACCAAGUUAAGCUAAUCAAGUCACUUGUUUUUUUUUUUUUUUUUUUAAUUAAUUUUCUCCCGUGUGGUGUGUAAGCAGAUAGUUUGGCCAGUGUUAUGUAUCCUAUGGAUUGUCACUGAAGUGAUGUCUUCCACACUAUUCAGACAAAAGGGAUGCCUUCAUUGUGAACAUGACCAUCUUGUUCGCGUCUUGUCAUUGUCCACCUUUAUUUCUGGUGCCCGCGUCCUCUCCCUUCACCCAACACUGCAAAAAAAAAAAAAAAAAAAAAAAUUCCCACAUCUUUUUUUGACUUUUGACUAGCACCUCAGAGUUGUCUUUUAUAAUUUUUUUUCCUUCCCUCCUUCCACUGUUUGAGUGCAAUUGAAGCGCACUGGUCACAAUGCUUGCGUGUUUUCUGUUUGUAAGUUUUUUUCAUGUUCAAACCCAAAUGUUGUUGAGCCAUUCUACCGAUGGAACAAACAAUGCAACGUGUGUUUUAAUGCUCGUGUAGUUUUUUUAAGCUUAUUUUUCCUUAAAGUGAAAAGUUUGAGUAUGAAGAAACCAUUACCUCCUUGCAAGAAGAUGACUGACUAGCCUGAGCCUUGACGCCGGUCCUGCCCAGUGUUGGCCAUUGGCGCUUUUGUCUUUUAUUUGCUGUGUAAAUAGUUUGAUCCCUUUCUCUUUUCCGGGAAUGUUUGUGUUCUUCAACCAGAAUGUCUGUGGUCCUUUUGUAAUGACUGAAUUUGCAGCUAGUUGUUUAUAGAGCAAGAGACCUGGGCCAAAACCUCUUGGUCAAUCAGCUCCAUUGACUUGAUUGUAACUGCUGUCUCUUCUAUGGUCUCCUCUGUUUGUAAAGAUGGAGAGAAAGUAAAUGUUAUUUUAAGUCAUUCUGCUGUCAUUU